AUGGCUAACCUCUUUGCCAACCAAGGAGACUGGUCAUACACCGUCAACUACAACACAAAACUCUGGAUGGCUUUUGCUUCGCAGCCUCAACUCACCUUUGGCAACUUCAACACCAACCAAUUGGUAUCAAUACGCAGUUUUGCCACAGCAGCAGGAUGUAACUCGAAGCUUGUUAGCUCGGAGCAAAAAGGUCUCUCACAACAAAGUGUAUUCAACAAUGGUGCCACAAACACUUUCCCGGAAAAGGGAUCCCCAAAUGCUUGGCAAAGAGUCACCACGGCCUCAGUGCCUAAGGCCCCAUGGGCCGGCAAUAUCAAGCCAACAGGUCCAAAAAAUGCUCCUGUUAAUAUGCAGAUCUGCGGUAAUUGGAAUAAUGGCAACUGUAUGGAUCCUUGCAAAAACGGAAGGAUCCAUAAUGUGUGCAACGUCGUUGGAUGCAACCACACACAUACCAGGAAGCAGCAUUACUCCGCAAUACACAUUGAAGCGGUUGACCAAUCAGGAGCCAAGUCUAAAGUGUGGUCUAUUCCUUGUGUUUUACCGCCUUCUCUCAUGUUGCCGCGUUUCUUGUCUCCCGUUGUCUGUUCUGUGCCAGUCCCGUCGCUGCUAAUCGCAACCCACGGAAGUACAGACAUGGGCUUGUGUCGAACUGGGAAGAGCCAGUCAGCCCCUUCUCUGGAGGACAACCCAUGCGCUUGUUACGCCUUAUCUCAAUACCCAGGUUUCUUCAAAAUCAUGUGCCCGCUUAAUAUCCCGGUUUUCAAGCACCUCCUAAAAGACCACCCCAACGGUCCUUUAGUUGAUUCAGUAGUUCAUGGUCUUGAGCACAGUUUCUGGCCACUCUCAGCAGUUCCAGAUGCUAACAUCAAGGACCAUCCUAAUCACUCUAUAUGCAACAAUAACCCAAAAGCUCUGUUUGAUGCCAGGGAUGAGGAAGUGGCGGCGGGUCGUUAUUCCCCGCCAUUCUGCACCCUUCUCCCUGGUAUGAAGGUCUCGCCCCUCCAUUUGGUCACAAAGGCUGGCUCCUCAAAACAGCGGGUCUGCACAGACAUGUGUUUCGGAUCUCCUUUGUUGAAUGAUCUUGUCAACAAAGACAAAGCUAAGGUUGCUUAUGACUCCCUCACAUCCUUUGGACCGUUCAUGCUACACAUCUUGCGCGGCACGGGCCAUCUCAUCAUGUGGAAGAGCGAUGUUGCCCGUGCAUACCGUAACCUACCCAUGUUGCUUCUCUGGCAGAUACGUCAAAGCGUCAGGAGUGGCAACGAUUACCACAUCAACAGGUGUUCUAAUUUUGGCUCGGCUGCAUCACCGAACAUUUGGUGCCCUUUCUUCUUGCUUGUCUUAUGGAUAUCCUAUCAGAAGAUGCAACUAAGAUGUUUCAACAACCUCAUGGUCGAUAUUUGGGGUAUUUCUCACCCCAACUCUCUUACCUGCUUCAAAGGUGUACCAAUGCCCCUGAACCAAGCACGCCUCUUGCUUCUUUUCGACACGCUCAAUCGCCCAUGGGAAUGA